AUGAAGUGUCAGUGCAGAGAUGUGACUGAGAAGUGUGACGUCAUAACAGGGAAGUGUCCUCGGUCCGGGUGCAAUGACAAGUACGGAGGUGUAAACUGCCAAACGGAGAUCUUGUGCGACAAGCCUCAACUGAGAAAUGGUACUGCAAUCACAACUUCUCUGAAGGUUGGGGACUCGGUUCGGUUCAGAUGCAUUGAAGGUUUUGUUGUAUAUGGGAAGGCAAGUUCCACGUGCAUUAAAGAGAGAACUGGCAUCAAGGGGACCUGGCGUGACCCAGCGCCGACAUGCACAGAGAUUACCUGUGAAUCGCCACGUUUGCCCAAUGGUAAUGUGAGCCUAGCCUCAUUGAUGUUUGGCGAAACCGUUGACUUCAUAUGUAAUGAUGGUUACGUUCUUGAAGGAAAUAUGAAUUCAACCUGUAUCAGUAAUGGUACUGGAAAUCCUAGAGGAAAGUGGACAGACCCGACUCCCAGCUGCAUUGAGAUAACUUGCGAGGAACCAACCUUGCUUUUUGGCAACGUUAGUUCGUCCUCAUCGACGUUUGGCGAUACAAUUGACUUCAUGUGUAGCGAAGGUUACGUUCUUGAAGGAAAUAUGAAUUCAACCUGUAUCAGUAAUGGUACUGGAAAUCCUAGAGGAAAGUGGACAGACCCGACUCCCAGCUGCAUUGAGAUAACUUGCGAGGAACCAACCUUGCUUUUUGGCAACGUUAGUUCAUCCUCAUCGACGUUUGGCGAUACAAUUGACUUCAUAUGUAAUGAUGGUUACGUUCUUGAAGGAAAUAUGAAUUCAACCUGUAUUAGUAAUGGUACUGGAAAUCCUAGAGGAAAGUGGACAGACCCGACUCCCAGCUGCAUUGAGAUAACUUGCGAGGAACCAACCUUGCUUUUUGGCAACGUUAGUUCAUCCUCAUCGACGUUUGGCGAUACAAUUGACUUCAUAUGUAAUGAUGGUUACGUUCUUGAAGGAAAUAUGAAUUCAACCUGUAUCAGUAAUGGUACUGGAAAUCCUAGAGGAAAGUGGACAGACCCGACUCCCAGCUGCAUUGAGAUAACUUGCGAGGAACCAACCUUGCUUUUUGGCAACGUUAGUUCAUCCUCAUCGACGUUUGGCGAUACAAUUGACUUCAUGUGUAGCGAAGGUUACGUUCUUGAAGGAAAUAUGAAUUCAACCUGUAUCAGUAAUGGUACUGGAAAUCCUAGAGGAAAGUGGACAGACCCGACUCCCAGCUGCAUUGAGAUAACUUGCGAGGAACCAACCUUGCUUUUUGGCAACGUUAGUUCAUCCUCAUCGACGUUUGGCGAUACAAUUGACUUCAUGUGUAGCGAAGGUUACGUUCUUAAAGGAAAUAUGAAUUCAACCUGUAUCAGUAAUGGUACUGGAAAUCCUAGAGGAAAGUGGACAGACCCGACUCCCAGCUGCAUUGAGAUAACUUGCGAGGAACCAACAUUGCUUUUUGGCAACGUUAGUUCAUCUUCAUCGACGUUUGGCGAUACAAUUGACUUCAUGUGUAGCGAAGGUUACGUUCUUAAAGGAAAUAUGAAUUCAACCUGUAUCAGUAAUGGUACUGGAAAUCCUAGAGGAAAGUGGACAGACCCGACUCCCAGCUGUAUUGAGAUAACUUGCGAGGAACCAACCUUGCUUUUUGGCAACGUUAGUCAAUCCCCAUCGACGUUUGGCGAUACAAUUGACUUCACGUGUAGCGAAGGUUACGUUCUUAAAGGAAAUAUGAAUUCAACCUGUAUCAGUAAUGGUACUGGAAAUCCUAGAGGAAAGUGGACAGACCCGACUCCCAGCUGCAUUGAGAUAACUUGCGAGGAACCAACCUUGCUUUUUGGCAACGUUAGUCAAUCCCCAUCGACGUUUGGCGAUACAAUUGACUUCACGUGUAGCGAAGGUUACGGUCUUAAAGGAAAUAUGAAUUCAACCUGUAUCAGUAAUGGUACUGGAAAUCCUAGAGGAAAGUGGUCAAAUAUGGCUCCCAGCUGUGUUGGUAAGAAACAAACAGAACUUCCGCUUUUCCCUUCCUUUCCCAUCCAUGUACCUGCUUGA